UUUUUUAGCUAGAGCUGCUGAAGGGAAGACCCCGCGGGGUAGCGGGGUCUCAAGAAAACAGCCCGGGGCAGCAAGGCUGAAUAGGCGCGGACCGGAAGUUCCGCGGCCUCGAUGUCUGGGGGGAUCCGUUAGAUGUAGACGCCGGAAGUGGCGAGUCGGCGGGUGUGAGAAGGUACCCGCGGUGUGCGCGUCCCCUCAGCGGCGGCGAUAUGGAGCCCGGAGCUGCGGAGCUGUACGACCAGGCCCUGCUGGGCAUCCUGCAGCAUGUGGGCAACGUCCAGGACUUCCUGCGUGUGCUCUUCGGGUUCCUCUACCGAAAGACCGACUUCUAUCGCCUGCUGCGCCACCCAACGGACCGCAUGGGGUUCCCUCCCGGCGCCGCGCAGGCCCUGGUACUGCAGGUGUUCAAAACCUUUGAUCACAUGGCACGUCAAGAUGAUGAAAAGAAGAGGAAAGAACUUGAAGAGAAAAUCAGAAAAAAGGAAGAAGAAGAGGCCAAGGCUGUGGGGACUGCCACUGCUGAGAAGGAACCAGUCCCAGUCCCAGUUCAAGAAAUAGAGAUUGACUCUGUCAUGGAGUCUACUGGGCUUCAGGUGGUGGAGAAGGCACAGCCGCUGGGCUCGCAGGUGGCUGAGCAGGAGGGUACCCAGGACUCAGAGGAAGUGGAAGCCUCAGGAGCUAUCGCCAGUGCUGCUGAAGUCCCCCCAGAACCCCCAGAGCUCCCCAGGGCUCAGGAGCAGUUCCAGAGAAACCCCGACAGUUACAACGGUGCCGUCCGUGAGAACUAUACCUGGUCCCAGGACUACACUGACCUGGAGGUCAGGGUGCCGGUGCCCAAGCACGUGGUGAAGGGGAAGCAGGUCUCGGUGGCCCUCAGCAGUGGUUCCAUCCGCGUGGCCUUGCUGGAGGAGGGCAGGGAGCGCGUUCUCAUGGAAGGGAAGCUCACCCAUAAGAUCAACACCGAGAGCUCCCUCUGGAGCCUGGAACCGGGCAAGUGUGUGCUGGUGAGCCUGAGCAAGGUGGGCGAGUACUGGUGGAAUGCCAUCCUGGAGGGUGAGGAGCCCAUUGACAUUGACAAGAUCAACAAAGAGCGCUCCAUGGCCACCGUGGAUGAAGAGGAGCAGGCAGUCCUGGACAGGCUCACCUUCGACUACCACCAAAAGCUGCAGGGCAAGCCACAGAGCCAUGAGCUGAAAGUCCAUGAGAUGCUGAAGAAGGGGUGGGAUGCUGAAGGCUCUCCCUUCCGAGGCCAGCGAUUCGACCCAGCCAUGUUCAACAUCUCCCCGGGGGCUGUGCAGUUUUAGUGACUGGAAGGAAAAGGAUACCCUUGUCCUCGGCUGUCCCCCCGGCUCUCUCCGUGCCAGGGACACACUCACCUCCUUCACCCCUAGCCACCCUUGCCCUCAAGGGUGAGCCAGGCCGUUCUCCCUGACCUCGCACCUCCUGACUUAGGAGAAGGUGCAAGGCCAGUGCUGCUGGCCGCUGUGGCGCAUGCUGACCAGAGGCGUUUGACUACAGGAGGGACAUUGCCCAGGAGCCAAAAGUGCAUGCUGCAGUCACCACCCAGCCUCAGGGCCCUGCCCUCUGCCCUGCCCACUUGUUGUGUUAACAUCCUCUACUUGCUGUCCUUGUGGCUGGGUGGGGAGUUCUGUCCUUUCAGCAAGGCCAGGUUGAAAUGUGGGGUUCAGUGCUUGCAUGAGGGGAACAGGGUGCACUGGGAUGCUGCUGGGCCUCUGCAGAACCCCUCACUCUGGGGUGUGCUCAUGCGCCUUGCUUUUCUGUGAGUGCCGUCUGCAUGUCAUUGCUGUUGGGAGUCUCGGGCUCGGCAGGGCCUGUCCACUCUGCCUGUGGCUUCUGCUGCACAGCACUCUGUUGGGCUGUCCAGAUGCCGCCUCAUGGGAUUUGGCUGGGAGCACCCUCAGGAGGAGACCACAGAAAGUCACAGCCUGGAUCUCAGCCCCUGGCGUGGGGUGCCUGUGCUGGCUCAGGAUGGCAGUCCCAGAGCCCACAGACUGUCCCAGUGUUCCCAGUGACUGGGCACUGUGCUGGCAGCCCUGUGCUCACAUUGAGCAUGGCUGCUGCCCCAUCACAGCUAGAUUGUGCAGACCAGAGGGGCCCAGGUACACUCAGCUCUGUGUACCUGUAGCCAGGAGCUUGUGUCACCCCUGCCCAGUGCUGCCCUGUCUCCUAGACGUUGGUUUUGGAACACAGAUGGGUCUCCACAAUUGUGCCUCCUGCAGCCCAUUGGAAGUGAGGCCUAGAGAGGGGCUGUCCCUGGGGGGUUGGUGGGGGGACGUCCCUCCAGGAGCCAUGGAGCCAGAGCUGGUUCCCUGCCGCCAUGUGAGGGAGUUUCUGUGCCCAAGGGUACAGGCAGCCCUGUGAGAGGUGGGAACCAGAGAGUAUUGUGUGGUUCAAGGAGAGAACAGAGCUAUGAGAUCCCUGUCAUCUCACGUUCACCAUGGAGCUGCUGCCAGGGAGCAGAACUGUCACCUCCCAGAGAUCCUGAGGAAGUUUUAGUCAUUUUUCCUGAAAUUCCCACCGGGAGCCUGGGGUUUGCAUGCCACUGCCUCCAGAGUACAUGUGUCUGCUGUCCUCUCCUUGCCUGUGGCUGGGCUGCCUGAGGAGUGACAGAGUGGGAGCUCUGUGCCUCAUUGUUGGGGAGACUUGGAGUCGUUCCCUUCCAUGGCGGUGUGUGUUCCUCUUGCCUGCUUUUGUUUUCUGUGUGGAUUCCUCCCAUUUCCUACCCUGCUCAAUAAGCCAAGCCUCUGGCCAGGAAGAACAGUGCAAAGUCUCAUAUGGCCCUGCCGUGCCCCUUCCUGGCAUGGCUUGUCCCCAGCGGCUGGGUCUCUGCCCAGGGUGCCACCAGUGUUUGUCCACGGCUGGCGCACGGCCUGUUUUCUCUUUUUAGACACGACAGCUGCAGUUUGGCCACUAAGUCCCACCAGCUGAGGUCCGAGGAAAGCGGGGUGACUCAUUCCCCUUGUCCAGGGGCCCUGGAGAGUGGGGUGUCCAGCUUGCAAAGCUGCUCCAGUUCCUCGGUGUUAGUUUGCAAUAAAUCUGUAUUUAAGCAUUGUGA